GUGCGAAACUAACUAUGUCUGUGAAUACAAACGCAAGAAUAGUUAUAGUAGGAUGCGGGAUAUCAGGUGUAGCAGCGGCACAGAGACUCGUUAAAGCGGGAUUUCACAAUGUGAGGAUAGUUGAAGCGACGGCAAGAAGCGGAGGAAGAAUAAAAACAGGCAGACUGGGUAAUAAUAUUCUUGAGAUAGGAGCAAACUGGAUCCAUGGACCAUCCGAGGAGAACCCAGUGUUUCGUCUGGCGCGUCAGUACGGGCUCCUGGAUCCAGAGGCCCUCACCCCAGAGAACCAGGCCAUGGACGUUGGAGGACAUCCCCCCUGGGUUCCCAACGUCUUCAGCAGUUCAGGUCAGAAGCUGAAUGUUGAGGAUUUGUAUCCUGCUUUGGAGAUGUUUGCUGAGCUGCUGGAUGAAAGUUCAGAAUUUCAGAGUCGUGGAGGAGAACCAUGGACCAAUGUGGGGGAUUUCAUACGGUCAGAGGUGCAACAACGAGCAGCUGAGAAGUGGAAAGAUAUUGAUGCGACCACCAGAUCUUUGCAACUGUGUGUGAUAAGUAACAUGUUGAAGGUGGAAUGCAGCGUUAAUGGGACUCACAGCAUGGACGAGGUUGGCCUGGGGGCCUAUGGCCUAUACAAGACUCUACCUGGCCUCGACUGCACAUUCCCAGGUGGUUAUGAAGGCCUUGUCAAAAACUUGAUGUCGGUGCUCCCUGCUGGUUUGGUGACCUAUAAUCAGCCUGUGCGCUGCGUCCACUGGAACAACACAGAGAAGAGAGGAUACCCUGUGACAGUCGAGUGUGAUGAUGGGGAAAAGAUCGCUGCUGAUCAUGUUAUCGUCACUGUACCUCUAGGAUACCUAAAGAAGCACUAUUCAACCCUUUUCCAUCCAUCUCUACCUCUACACAAGCUGCACUCCAUCCAGAGACUAGGUUUUGGAACAAACAAUAAAAUAUUUGUGGAAUUUGACUCGCCGUGGUGGGAUACUGACUGUGAGGUCAUCCAACUGGUGUGGGAAGAUGAGGAUACCAUGGUGGACCAGGUGCCAGAUGUUCAGAGAAGCUGGAUCAAGAAAUUGUUUGGAUUCACGGUGCUUAAACCCACUGAAAGGUAUGGCCAUGUUCUGUGUGGCUGGAUUGCUGGUCAUGAGUCAGAGUAUAUGGAGACACUGCCUGAACAAGAGGUUUCACAUGCCAUCACACAACUCAUCCGCAGGUUUACAGGUAACCCCACCAUUACACCGCAGAGAAUCAUGCGCUCUCAGUGGUUUCAUGACCCCUGGACAUGUGGAUCCUACACUUACCCUGGAAAAGGCUGUUCAGCACAGGACCUGCAGAACAUGAUGGAGCCCCUGCCUACGGAGAGCUCACAGUCACAGCCCCUACAGGUGCUGUUUGCCGGAGAGGCGACUCAUCCCUGCUACUUCUCCACCGUCCAUGGAGCUGUUCUCACUGGGUGGAGAGAGGCUGAUAGACUCAUCUCUCACUACUCCUCCAGCAGUUCGUCUGAGCUGACCAUGUCUAAGCUUUAAGAGAUCUAUCAGAAUUAUAAAUGAAACUGAAACAGUGAUUGAAUUAUGAUGGCAUUGAGAGUUUUGAUGAUCAUGCACAUUGUAACUUAAAAUUUUAGAGAGUGCCUCAGUGAGGUGUAAUAUUGCUGUCAUCACGCUGUUGAUGAUCAGGGCUUUAAAAUAGAAACUGCUGGUGUUUACAUCUAAGACGUGCUCCACCCAACUGAUCAGUACAGUAAUGAUAUUUGGAUUGAAUAAAUUGAGGAUCACACUUUAAAUAAUAACUGGUUUAGGACCUCCAUGAAAUUGCUCAUAGCUAUUUACAAAUCAGCCUAAUGCUGUUAUGUCAUUUUUUAAUACUGAUUGAACUUAUUUUUAAUGUUUCACCAAUCAAAUAGUUUAUUGAUUGUUUAUAAAUGUUUAUGGUUUUAACAAAUUAUAAUUCUAUCAAGUUUUUUAAG